UAACCACCCACUCAAACAGCUGUCUAAAUCAUAUGUUUAUUUUCUUAUCACCUUCAGGUUGACCCUAGUUGGGCAGUAAAAGUUUUUUCGCAAACGGUAACGAAAUGGAACUGGCUGGCUGGGUGAAAAACUAUGAAUGGGGUAAACGUGGCAUUAAUUCGGCUGUGGCCCAAAUGGCAAUGGCCAACGAUCCAGACUUUGUCCUGAACGAGAAUGAAACAUAUGCCGAAAUGUGGAUGGGCACCCAUUUUUGUGGUGUUUCCAUUGUCAAGGAGACUGGGGAAACUCUUGACCGUGUUCUUAAGAAGGAUCUGCCAUAUCUGUUCAAGGUGCUGAGCAUUAAAAAAGCACUCAGCAUACAAGUGCAUCCAAAUAAAUGCGAAGCAGAGCGUCUGCACAAGGAGAGACCACUUAUUUAUAAGGACGAUAAUCAUAAGCCAGAGCUGAGCAUAGCCCUAACACCGUUCCUAGCGCUAGUGGGAUUCCAGCCAGUCGAAGAUAUAAUCGACAAUAUUGAUGAGUUCCAACCGUUAUCCAAGCUCAUCGGCAAAGACGCUGUCCAUGCGCUUCACCAGAAUCGAAACGCUGAGGGCGUAAAGGAAUGCUACGAGAUCUUAAUGAAAUCGGAUGAAACUGUCGUUGCCAAUUGCGUCAAGGAGAUAGCCAAAAAUUACAAAAAAGAGCUCAAGCAGGAUGGAUUGCUGGAAAUAUUCAACACAGUGAAUGGGGAUUUUCCUGGUGACGUGGGUGUACUGUCUCUAUUCUUUCUGAAUCUGGUGCGUCUGCAACCUGGUCAGGCCAUUUACUUGGGCGCCAACGAGAUUCAUGCAUAUUUGGAUGGUGAUUGUGUCGAAUGCAUGGCCUGUUCUGAUAAUGUUAUUCGUGCCGGACUUACGCCCAAAUACAAAGAUGUGGAGCAGCUUAUUGCCUCUGUAAUAUUUGAGGGCAAACCCGCGAGCUGCAAGCUCUUUAUGCCGUAUCGCAUCGAUGAUACCGUACAGGUGUUCGUUCCACCUGUUGACGACUUCGCUGUGAUGCAUGUGGCCAUAAAACACACUGUAGACACAUACAAACUGCAGAUACAGCCAUAUGGGUCCAUAAUGUUGACAUUGGCAGGUGUCCGCACCUUGAAGCUAAACACCAAGCAGGGUCCCAAAGAAAUUACCGUUACGCGCGGAAGCGUCGUCUACAUUCCAGUUGAGGCAGCGCCCGAAAUUGAAUUCAUGCAUGCCGAAGACUGCGGAGAUGAUUUUACCGCUUACAUCGCAACAUAUAAUUAUUUUAGGCGUGCCUAGAGUGUAAAUUUGUAGAGCCCUUCAAAAUUUGAAAUAAAUGAAACACGUUUCUUUCGUGACGAAUUAA